AUGGAUCUUGAAAAGCUACUUGGUAAAUCUAAGAAUUCCGGAAACAAAGAAGGCACCGGAGCCUCUAAUCCCUCCAGGCCUAAAGUAAAUGGUUCCAUUCUUGCUGAGUUAGGCAAGCAACAUGAUAAUUCUUCGCGUUCCUUUGCAACAUUAGCUGGUAGUUUUCGCGGCAUGAAAGCUUUUAAUAGCUCUAAUAACACCGACGGAAGGGAAGAUGAUGAUCAAGAAAGUAGUGGAACUUCUGAUAGUGCAGAAGAAUCUGAAGGAACAGAAUCUUCAGAUUCUUCAACUACAAGAGUUGAGCGUCAUGAUGCUGCCGCUAAACAAAAUAAUAUUCAGGAUCAGAAGCCAAUCAAGGCCAAGGCUAAAGUCAAUUCAAAUAUGAUACUGUCGGAUUAUAGUGACUCUCGACAGAGUUAUAAUCGACAGCAGCCUGCCGAGGAAGUACGUACAGAGUUGUCACGUAAUAGUGAUUCUGGAUCAAAUAAUUCUGUCCGACGUCUUAAAGUUGGUGCAUCAACUAUUUUGGAAGAACCAUUAAAUUACAAAAAUAGUAGUAAUAUCUGCAACAUUAAUAAUGCUCAUUAUUCUCCACAUGUUGAUGCAAGACGAGUAUCAUUUGACGAAAAUGCUGAUAUUUCAUGGGGUAGCGAAUCUGGACAGUUCAAUUAUAAAAGACCAAAUGCACGGUCUAAUAUAUUAGAAGAAAAUACAUCAUCUGCUCGACAAGUAUUUUACCAUAGAGAUGUAAAUCAAAAUAUAAUUAAACCGCGAGCUACAAAAUCAGCUGUCGAAUUUAAUAAUAAUUAUUCACACUCUCAUUAUCAAUCAGUAAAUCGUAGCCCCCGAGCUUGGUCGGACGUUAUUUACCGUGGACCAGAGAUUAAAACUGAAGUGUCAUAUCGAAGUGAUCCAGGAUUAGCUGGUAGACGUCCAACUGUUAAAGCUAGUGCUCGUGUGCCAAUGCCUUAUGAAUUACAAGAAUCUAAUAAUGAUCAUCACUAUAAUGAGAUCAAACGCAAACCUAAAGUUUCAAUGGAUGCUAUGAUUGACAUGAAUGAUCUUGCUUCUAAUAAUUAUGGUGAUCGACGAUCUCAAAGAAAAGUAACCGCAUCUGCUCAGAUAAAUCCGGAAAAUGUCUACGAUGAAGACGAAAACGAUAAUGAUGACAUGGAUGAAGAAGAUGAGGAAGGAAGUGAGGAUACAGAAAAAGGAGAAAAGCAAGUCGGGAAAGCGAAUAGCGAUGAAGAAAUUUUGGCACUUUCCUCAAAUCCCAAAGUUCGAGAAAAAUUUAUUGACCUGAAAUCAUCCAAUAAAAAUCUUGUAAAUCUUAAUGCGGAUCUUGAAGCGAAAAUUUUGGAACAAUCAGAAACUAUUCAAAGGUUGCAUUCACUUGAAUUUGUGGCUAAUGCUCAGAAACAACAAUUAGAACAUCUUGAAAAAGUUGAAGAAUUAGUGCAAGAUUUAUCUACGAAAAUUGCUUCACAGGAAGCUGAAAUUGCAGGUCUCAGAGGUCAACUAGUUAAAACCGGAUCAGAAUCAAAGGAGACAGAACAGCCUCGUAAUUCAAUUUUAUAUAAUCCACGAUUAUUGCCAAUAAAUUCUCUCCCGCGUAUAAUUUAUGAUAGGGUUUCCGAUGAUGUUACUAUAUUAUUUUCGGUAGUCAUGUCCCUGGUUUAUACUAUAUAUCUGUUUCCAUUAGUUGUGAUCGCCAAAGCA